AUGGACGUACAUCGCCUCAUCGCGGAAGUACAGCAGCGGCGUGCUCUGUGGGAUACAAGCAUUCCCUUUUUAACCCGCAAGGUCGAAUGGAAUAUACAGUGGAUGGAUGUGUCUGACGCUCUGAAGCUGGACGUUGCGACAUGCAAGAAGCGCUUCAAUAGACUGAGGGACAAGUACCGCUGCGAGAUCCGGAAGAUACAGCAGGGUAGCGUUCAAGAGUCCAACUGGACGUACUUUCGCUGCUUGGAGUUCAUGCGCUGCAUAUACGAUCCAACCGGUCUCGUGGCAUUCGCCCCCGAGCCCUACGAGUAUAAAUCUGAGUCGGAAGAGUGCUCCAACGACAAUGAUAAGAUACUGUGGGAUAACCUUGACUUCGAUCUGGACAAUGAUGAUUCGAUAGAUUUUGUAACUAUGGGCGACAUAUUCAAUCGUGACUCGCCCGAGACACCUCUAAUGCUGGUCGGGUCUUCGUCCUCGUAUGACGGUCCCAUAUGGAAUGACAACUACCUGAUCAACAGUCAAAUGACAACAACAAACGAAGCGGACUCACUUCCAGUAGCCAGCAGUCCUUCAAGAUCCGAGUCCGAAGACGAUGCUGACUACAAUUUUUUGGCUAGUCUUAUACCGCACUUGAAGUCCCUCUCGGAAACGGGCAAACUCAAAUUUCGCAUGGAAGCUAGCCGCAUUCUGAUGGAACUAAAAAAUGAGGAGGCUACCCCUGAACCCCCCGGUAUGGAUGCUGAUACGGAUCCAAAUACAUAUUUUAUACCCAACAGCGAUAUGAACGACUAUGAAGGCGAUACGAUGGGCGAGUGCGAAGUUAAGAUAGAAAAUGAACCUUUGCUAUAAGGUUCAUAGAUGUGGAAUGAACAUGAGAAACUAUAAGCCGGAGAACAUGGAACAAGGAACAUGGAAAAAAUGCACUUAAUCAAAAUCCACAUAUAUUCUAGUAAU